ACAUGGGCUAUGAGGGCAAUGGUUACAACUGUACAGAUGUUGAUGAAUGCGCACUUGGGAAUCACACCUGUCACAGUCAGGCAACGUGCAGUAAUACCAAUGGGUCGUUCACUUGUACCUGCAAGGAAGGCUAUACAGGAAAUGGAACCACGUGUGAAGAUGUUGAUGAAUGCACACUUGGGAAUCACACCUGUCACAGUCAAGCAACGUGCAGUAAUACCAAUGGGUCGUUCAAUUGUACCUGCAAUGUAGGUUAUACAGGAAAUGGAACCACGUGUGAAGACAUAAACGAAUGCGUUGGAGCAUCGCGAAAAUGUUCAGGUGCAGGUCAAAAAUGUGUCAACUACCCUGGAGCAUUCCUUUGUUAUUGUAAUAGUCCAGGAGAGCAAAUUAUUGAUGGAGAAUGUACUGAUAUUGAGGCCUCUGUCGAAGGUCGAUUUGUGAUUAUAAAUUACGUCUACAUCCCUGCUUAUAAUAAUACGCAAAGUUUGGAGUACUUUCAAAUUAUUCAACGGUUAAAAAAGGAGCUUACGUCUCUCUACACGGGAACAGCGAAGCUACGUUCUACCUUUCAGGCAGUCAUCAUUGUACGACUAUUCCCAGGAUCUGUUGGUUUUGAUUACGUUGCAGCAUUCAAUGAUUCCGCUGGAAUAAGCAAUGAAAAUAUUCAAGAAGAGUUAGUCAAGUCAAUGAAUGUAACGCAGAACGGCACAUUUCUUGGAGCAGAUUUCCAAAUCAGCGAGAGCACAAAUCUCACUGAAGUAAUAAGGCAAUUUAGUGUGCAAGAUUAUGACGAGUGCAAUCCACAGAAUAGUAUCCAUACUACUGACUGUGGCAACAACGCGUUAUGUAUAAACACAUACACAAGUUAUAAAUGUAUUUGUCUUCCUGGAUAUGAAAAAAAUAACACAGGCUGUACUGAUGUUGAUGAAUGCGCAAUUGGGAAGGACAACUGUGACAAUCAAGCAACGUGUAAAAACACCAAUGGGUCGUUCUCUUGUACCUGCAAUGAAGGGUAUACAGGAAACGGAACUAUGUGCGAAGAUGUUGACGAAUGCACACUUGGAACUCAUAAUUGCGACAGUAAGGCAACGUGCAGUAAUACCACCGGUUCUUUCAUUUGUACCUGCAACGACGGUUAUACAGGAAAUGGUACUACAUGCGAAAAUGUUGACGAAUGCACAGUUGGGACUCACAAUUGCCACAGUCAGGCAACGUGCAAUGAUACCACUGGGUCGUUCAAUUGUACCUGCAAUAAAGGUUACACAGGAAAUGGAACCAUGUGUGAAGAUGUUGAUGAAUGCGUACUUGACACUGACAACUGUGACAAUCUAGCAACGUGUAAAAACACCAAUGGGUCGUUCACUUGUACCUGCAAUGAAGGGUAUACAGGAAACGGAACUACGUGCGAAGAUGUUGACGAAUGCACACUUGGGACUCAUAAUUGCGACAGUAAGGCAACGUGCAGUAAUACCACCGGUUCGUUCAUUUGUACCUGUAACGACGGUUAUACAGGAAAUGGUACUACAUGCGAAGAUGUUGACGAAUGCACAGUUGGGACUCACAAUUGCCACAGUCAGGCAACGUGCAAUGAUACCACGGGGUCGUUCACUUGUACCUGCAAUGAAGGUUAUACCGGAAAUGGAAUCAUGUGUGCAGAUGUUGAUGAAUGUGCACUUGACACUGACAACUGUGACAAUCAAGCCACGUGUAAAAACACCAGUGGGUCGUUCACUUGUACCUGCAAUGAAGGGUAUACAGGAAAUGGAACUACGUGCGAAGAUGUUGACGAAUGCACACUUGGGACUCAUAAUUGCGACAGUAAAGCAAAGUGCAGUAAUACCACCGGUUCGUUCAUUUGUACCUGUAACGACGGUUAUACAGGAAAUGGUACUACAUGCGAAGAUGUUGACGAAUGCACAGUUGGGACUCACAAUUGCCACAGUCAGGCAACGUGCAAUGAUACCACGGGGUCGUUCACUUGUACCUGCAAUGAAGGUUAUACAGGAAAUGGAAUCAUGUGUGCAGAUGUUGAUGAAUGCGCACUUGACACUGACAACUGUGACAAUCAAGCAACGUGUAAAAACACCACUGGUUCGUUUACUUGUACCUGUAAUGAAGGUUAUACAGGAGAUGGUGUCACGUGCGAAGAUGUUGAUGAGUGCGCUCUUGGUAGUGACAAUUGUGACAAUCACGCAACGUGUAAAAACACCACUGGCUCGUUCACUUGUACCUGUAAUGAAGGUUAUACAGGAGAUGGAACCACGUGCAAAGAUGUUGACGAAUGCUCACUUGGGACUCAUAAUUGUCACAGUCAGGCAACUUGCAGUAAUACCACUGGGUCGUUCAAUUGUACCUGCAAUAAAGGUUAUACAGGAAAUGGAACCAUGUGUGAAGAUGUGGACGAAUGCACACUUAAAACGCAUAAUUGUCACAGCCAAGCAACGUGUAAAAACACCGCUGGUUCGUUCAAUUGUACCUGUAAUGAAGGUUAUACAGGAGAUGGAACCACGUGCAAAGAUGUUGACGAAUGCACACUUGGGACUCAUAAUUGUCACAGUCAGGCAACUUGCAGUAAUACCACUGGGUCGUUCAAUUGUACCUGCAAUAAAGGUUAUAAAGGAAAUGGAACCAUGUGUGAAGAUGUGGACGAAUGCACACUUAAUACGCAUAAUUGUCACAGCCAAGCAACGUGUAAAAACACCGCUGGCUCGUUCAAUUGUACCUGCCAUGAAGGUUUUACAGGAGAUGGAACCACGUGCAAAGAUGUUGACGAAUGCACAGUUGGGGCUCAUAAUUGUCACAGUCAGGCAACGUGCAGUAAUACCACUGGGUCGUUCAAUUGUACCUGCAAUGAAGGUUAUACAGGAAAUGGAACCAUGUGUGAAGAUGUGGACGAAUGCAUACUUAGAACGCAUAAUUGUCACAGCCAAGCAACGUGUAAAAACACCAUUGGUUGGUUCACUUGUACCUGCAAUGAAGGUUAUACAGGAAAUGGAGCUACAUGCGAAGACAUAAACGAAUGUGUUGGAGCAUCGCGAAAAUGUUCAGGUGCAGGUCAAGAAUGUUUCAACUUUCCUGGAGCAUACCGUUGUAAUUGUAUGAGUCCAAGACA